AUCAAGAAAUACAUAUAUAUAUAUAUGGACCAUGGACACCUUCAUCAUAUGCAUACCAGUAGUGUAGGCGUUGAUCCAAGCAUAGCCAGUGGCAGCAACGACCGGUUUCCGCAAUGGAGUGUGCAAGAAACGCGGGAUUUGUUGAUGAUACGGUCGGAGCUGGAUCCAACGUUCAUGGAAACGAAACGUAAUAAGCUUCUUUGGGAAGUGAUAUCCACAAAAAUGAAGGAGAUGGGGCAUAAUCGUAGUGCUGAGCAGUGCAAAGCCAAAUGGAAGAAUCUUGUCACACGUUAUAAGGGAUGUGAGACGAUGGAACACGAUGGUAUGCGGCAACAAUUUCCGUUCUACAAUGAUCUACAAGCGAUUUUCUCAGCUCGAAUACAAAGGAUGCUAUGGAUGGAAGCAGAAGGCGUAGCAAGCGGAUCUAAAAAGAGGGUGAUGCAAUUGUCUUCGGAUGAUGAUGAUGAUGACGACAAGGAAGAAAUUAGCGACCCAGAGAAGACGACGAGUACUGGAGCCAAGAACAAGAAAAAGAAGGUCGUAAAGAGUGGUACUGUAAUAAAGAAUCCUAGUGGUACCAUCUCCAAUAACACGAAGGAGAUGCUCGAGGAAUUCAUGAAUCAACAAAUGCAAAUGGACUUGCAAUGGUUGAAAACAUUCGAGGCCAAAGAAGAAGAGAGGAGAUCGAAGGAAAUGGAGUGGCGGCAAACGAUGGAAGCAUUGGAGAACGAGAGAAUGAUGUUGGAUCAGAGGUGGAGGGAGAGGGAAGAGCAGAGAAUGAUGAGAGAUGAAGUAAGAUCUGAAAAACGAGAUGCUCUUAUUACUGCGCUCUUAAACAAGCUUAAACGACAAGAUAUGUAGGUUCAAGUUAUGCGUUGUUCGACUUAGACUUGCUCAAAUCG